AUGUUUUUUCCUUCAAAGAAAAAAACAUAUACUGUUUACAUUUGUCUAUUACUCUUUCCUCCCUUCUUCUCUUUAUCCCUUCCCCCUCUCUCUCCCUUUGUAUAUAUCUCUCUCCCUUUGUAUGUAUCUCUCUCCCUUUGUAUGUAUCUCUCUCCCUUUGUAUGUAUCUCUCUCCCUUUGUAUGUAUCUCUCUCCCUUUGUAUGUAUCUCUCUCCCUUUGUAUGUAUCUCUCUCCCUUUGUAUGUAUCUCUCCUUUGUAUGUAUCUCUCUCCUUUGUAUCUCUCUCUCCUGUAUCUCUCUCUCCUUUGUAUGUAUCUCUCUCCCUUUGUAUGUAUCUCUCUCCCUUUGUAUGUAUCUCUCUCCCUUUGUAUGUAUCUCUCUCCCUUUGUAUGUAUCUCUCUCCCUUUGUAUGUAUCUCUCUCCCUUUGUAUGUAUCUCUCUCCCUUUGUAUGUAUCUCUCUCCCUUUGUAUGUAUCUCUCUCCCUUUGUAUGUAUCUCUCUCCCUUUGUAUGUAUCUCCCCUUGUAUGUAUCUCUCUCCCCUUUGUAUGUAUCUCUCUCCCUUUGUAUCUCUCUCCCUUUGUAUGUAUCUCUCCCCUUUGUGUAUCUCUCUCCUUUGUAUGUAUCUCUCUCCUUUGUUUGUAUAUCUCUCUCCCUUUGUAUGUCUCUCUCUUUGUGUGUAUCUCUCCUUUGUAUGUAUCUCUCCCUUUGUAUGUAUCUCUCUCCCUUUGUGUGUGUCUCUCUCCCUUUGUGUGUGUCUCUCUCCCUUUGUGUGUGUGUGUGUCUCUCUCCCUUUCCCUUUGUGUGUGUGUGUGUCUCUCUCCCUUUCCCUUUGUGUGUGUGUGUGUCUCUCUCCCUUUCCCUUUGUGUGUGUGUGUGUCUCUCUCCCUUUCCCUUUGUGUGUGUGUGUGUCUCUCUCCCUUUCCCUUUGUGUGUGUGUGUCUCUCUCUCUCCCUUUGUGUGUGUGUGUGUCUCUCUCUUUGUGUGUGUGUGUGUCUCCCCCUGUGUGUGUGUGUGUCUCUCUCCCUUUCCUUUGUGUGUGUGUGUGUCUCUCCUUUCCUUUGUGUGUGUGUGUCUCUCUCCCUUUCCUUUGUGUGUGUGUGUGUCUCCCCCUUUCCCUUUGUGUGUGUGUGUCUCUCUCUCUGUCUCUCCCUUUCCUUUGUGUGUGUGUGUGUCCCCCCUUUGUGUGUGUGUGUCUCUCUCUCUUUCCCCUCUCUCUCCCCCUUUGUGUGUGUGUGUCUCUCUCUCUCCCCCUUUGUGUGUGUGUCUCUCUCUCUCCCUCCCCUCCCUUUGUGUGUGUGUCUCUCUCUCUCCCCCUUUGUGUGUGUGUCUCUCUCUCUCCCCUUUGUGUGUGUCUCUCUCUCUCCCCUUUGUGUGUGUGUCUCUCCCCCCCUGUGCGUGUCUCUCUCUCCCCCCCUGUCUGUCUCUCUCUCUCUCCCCCCCUGUGCGUGUCUCUCUCUCUCUCUCCCCCCCCUGUGCGUGUCUCUCUUCUCUCUCCCCCUGUCACUCAGAUAUUUCAAACGACUCUUUCUCUCUCUCUUUUCCCCCAUGACUCUUUCUCUCUCUCUCUCUCUCUCUCACUUUCCCCCAUGACUUUCUCUCUCUCUCUCACUUUCCCCCAUGACUUUCUCUCUCUCUCUCACUUUCCCCCCAUGACUUUCUCUCUCUCUCACUUUUCCCCAUGA